AUGCGGGCGGAAGAAUUCCAGAAGCUGUUGUGGGACAUGAGUUGGCUGCCUGCAUCGGAAGGAUUACGUUCAUGGGAAGCUGCUGCGGCGACUACACAGGCAAGGCAGUUUGCAGAUGUGUUCUCCAGGGUGAGAGUGCGACGGCUGCUGCAAUCGAGUGGGGACCCUGCAGGAGCUGCACAGCAGGUUCAGAACAGCAUCAACACAAACGAGCUGUAUGGGAAAACCGAGGAGAUUGCUGGGAGUAUCUUCAAGGACUCUGGCUGCACCCCCGUCGUCGGCGACAGCAUGAAGAGCAAUGCCACGGCAGGCUGCAACUACUUCAGUGUCUUCGGGAACAAAGCCCACGCUGACCACGAAUAUGCCGCAAACUGCGUGCCGGCAACGACAUGCAAGGAAAACGUGGUUGGCAUGACGCAAGGCAUGAUCGCUCUCUAUGGUGUGGUUAUGCAGAUCUUGCAGCAGAACCUUGGAUCAUUGGCUUGGAUCGGAGAGGGAGACAUGAAGAGCUGCCUCGCAGGAAUGAACAAGGCCAACAUGGGAUCGCUGGAUGGCGUUAUUGUCCACAAGCCGAUCAAGAUCGGGCCCAUCACAGUUGGAAGCGAGAGAGUUCUGGAGUUCGAGGGCAUGAAGAAGCUCGGAGCGGCCGAUACCUUGUCCAAGUGCAAGGAUGAUUCGUCUGUGGGAUACCUCUUCAUCCACAAGAACCUGUACUGGCAGAACGACAAGUCGGCCAUCGACCUUGAGGCCUUCCAGAAGUUCAAGGCAGAUCAGAAGGUGAAGAAGGACGAGGCCAAAAGGCAAAAGGAGGCGGCAGCGGCCGCGAAGGCCGCGGAAGAGAAGGAUGAAGAGGCAGCGAAGGAAGCGCUGGACGAGGCCGGUGCCGAAGCUCCCACCAUUAUUAGCAAGGAGGCCGACAAGGACGCAAUCGCUCAGGCCCAGGAGGCUGGAAAGAUCCAAGGCGAAGUGCAGCUCACCACUGACGGCAAGGCGAAGGCAGAGUCUGUCAUCGUGGAAUGGCGGAAUGCUGCAGGGGAAUGCAGUUACGUUGCCGAGAGUCGGGUGGUGGACUCUGUUCUUUGCCGAUGUUUGGAAGCGCUGGGCGAUUGGUCAUACUGCUUGCUCUAUUUCCAGGCUCUCGGGCAGCAGACCUUGAAGGACCACUGUGAUUACGUCGACGGCCUCAAGGCAGGAAAUCCUCGCUUGGGUGAUCUCCAGUUCAUGGGAAGCUGCUGCGGCGACUACACAGGAGCUGCACAGCAGGUUCAGAACAGCAUCAACACAAACGAGCUGUAUGGGAAAACCGAGGAGAUUGCUGGGAGUAUCUUCAAGGACUCUGGCUGCACCCCCGUCGUCGGCGACAGCAUGAAGAGCAAUGCCACGGCAGGCUGCAACUACUUCAGUGUCUUCGGGAACAAAGCCCACGCUGACCACGAAUAUGCCGCAAACUGCGUGCCGGCAACGACAUGCAAGGAAAACGUGGUUGGCAUGACGCAAGGCAUGAUCGCUCUCUAUGGUGUGGUUAUGCAGAUCUUGCAGCAGAACCUUGGAUCAUUGGCUUGGAUCGGAGAGGGAGACAUGAAGAGCUGCCUCGCAGGAAUGAACAAGGCCAACAUGGGAUCGCUGGAUGGCGUUAUUGUCCACAAGCCGAUCAAGAUCGGGCCCAUCACAGUUGGAAGCGAGAGAGUUCUGGAGUUCGAGGGCAUGAAGAAGCUCGGAGCGGCCGAUACCUUGUCCAAGUGCAAGGAUGAUUCGUCUGUGGGAUACCUCUUCAUCCACAAGAACCUGUACUGGCAGAACGACAAGUCGGCCAUCGACCUUGAGGCCUUCCAGAAGUUCAAGGCAGAUCAGAAGGUGAAGAAGGACGAGGCCAAAAGGCAAAAGGAGGCGGCAGCGGCCGCGAAGGCCGCGGAAGAGAAGGAUGAAGAGGCAGCGAAGGAAGCGCUGGACGAGGCCGGUGCCGAAGCUCCCACCAUUAUUAGCAAGGAGGCCGACAAGGACGCAAUCGCUCAGGCCCAGGAGGCUGGAAAGAUCCAAGGCGAAGUGCAGCUCACCACUGACGGCAAGGCGAAGGCAGAGUCUGUCAUCGUGGAAUGGCGGAAUGCUGCAGGGGAAUGCAGUUACGUUGCCGAGAGUCGGGUGGUGGACUCUGUUCUUUGCCGAUGUUUGGAAGCGCUGGGCGAUUGGUCAUGCUGCUUGCUCUAUUUCCAGGCUCUCGGGCAGCAGACCUUGAAGGACCACUGUGAUUACGUCGACGGCCUCAAGGCAGGAAAUCCUCGCUUGGGUGAUCUCCAGCUGCUCGGUUCAUGGGAAGCUGCUGCGGCGACUACACAGGCAAGGCAGUUUGCAGAUGUGUUCUCCAGGGUGAGAGUGCGACGGCUGCUGCAAUCGAGUGGGGACCCUGCAGGAGCUGCACAGCAGGUUCAGAACAGCAUCAACACAAACGAGCUGUAUGGGAAAACCGAGGAGAUUGCUGGGAGUAUCUUCAAGGACUCUGGCUGCACCCCCGUCGUCGGCGACAGCAUGAAGAGCAAUGCCACGGCAGGCUGCAACUACUUCAGUGUCUUCGGGAACAAAGCCCACGCUGACCACGAAUAUGCCGCAAACUGCGUGCCGGCAACGACAUGCAAGGAAAACGUGGUUGGCAUGACGCAAGGCAUGAUCGCUCUCUAUGGUGUGGUUAUGCAGAUCUUGCAGCAGAACCUUGGAUCAUUGGCUUGGAUCGGAGAGGGAGACAUGAAGAGCUGCCUCGCAGGAAUGAACAAGGCCAACAUGGGAUCGCUGGAUGGCGUUAUUGUCCACAAGCCGAUCAAGAUCGGGCCCAUCACAGUUGGAAGCGAGAGAGUUCUGGAGUUCGAGGGCAUGAAGAAGCUCGGAGCGGCCGAUACCUUGUCCAAGUGCAAGGAUGAUUCGUCUGUGGGAUACCUCUUCAUCCACAAGAACCUGUACUGGCAGAACGACAAGUCGGCCAUCGACCUUGAGGCCUUCCAGAAGUUCAAGGCAGAUCAGAAGGUGAAGAAGGACGAGGCCAAAAGGCAAAAGGAGGCGGCAGCGGCCGCGAAGGCCGCGGAAGAGAAGGAUGAAGAGGCAGCGAAGGAAGCGCUGGACGAGGUGGGUGCCGUACCGGAGCCUGCUAAGGUGAUGCGCGAGGGAGCCAGCGCUGAUGCUGCCAAGGCUGAGGAAUCCAAGCCAAGUGCAAAGCCCAGCAGCGAUGGGAAGGUCGGAAAGAAGCCGGCUUUGCAGACAAAGGCACCGCCGGCUCAGCCAGCCCCGAAGGCAGCGCCGGCACCGAAAGCAGCGCAGCCGGCCCCUGCUCCCAAAGCAGUGCAGCCGCCUCCAGAGGUGCAGAAGAAGCGCCGCCUUUCUGAGAUGAUGAUCUAA